AUGAAGAAAGUCAGGGUAGCAGAAGUGUGGGGGACCGAAUAUCUCUGUUAUGGAAUAUUUCGGGUCCCAGGCUCUGGCUGCCAUAAACAGCAGUGGCGGUACCAGGAAGCGCUGGGUCACCAUUCCGCCAUACCUCCUGCCUCGGCUCCCCACAUCCUCGCCACCGUGGCCGAAGUGGAGGAGGGCGAGGAAACCUGUGUCUUGUCCUCACACACUGGGACUGCAUGCUCCAAGUCGGGGGACGACAAGAUGUUUCUCAAGAAGUGGAACGUGUUGGCCAUGUGGCGCUGGGACGUUGAGUGUGAUACCUGCGCCCUUUGCAGGGUCCAGGUGAUGGAUGCCUGCCUCAGAUGCAAACAACAGGACCGUGUUGUGGUCUCGGGAGAAUGUAAUCAUUCCUUUCACAACUGCAGCAUGUCUUUGUGGGUGAAACAGAACAAUCGCUGUCCUCUCUGCCAGCAGGACUGGGAAGUCCAAAGAAUCGGCAAAUGA